AAUUAAUAAUUGCAAAAAACGUUACAUAAACGUAAGUUUCAGUUAAACUCAUUUGAAUUUCCCGCUCGGAGGCAAAUUGCCGGGUAAGAUGGCGGCCGUCCAUUUGGGGACGCUGAAGAAGAUGCUGAUGUUGUUUUAAUAGAUCUCGUUAAAAACUUUCCCUUUCUUUAUGAUAAAAGUGCAACAGAUUUUAAAAACGCAAAGAAGAAGGAACGUACAUGGAUGGAAAUUUCUGAAUAUUUAAAGUUACCAGUUACGGAUUGUCAAAAUAAAUGGCAAAGACUUAGAGAAAAAUUUUCUCGUGAAAAGAAAAGAAGAGAACUAGAAACCCGAAGUGGCAGUGGAGCAUCUACAAGACCUACGUUCUUAUUAUAUAACAACAUGAAAUUUUUGGAUUCUUUGUUAAAAGCAGGAAAACUUAUACAAACAUUAUACCACGAGGAACACAUUUUAUUUCUGAUAUGCCAAAAACUAAAAGUAUUUUACAAAAGAGUAAGCCAGUUGAAACUAUUAAUAGCAUUUCUGCUCGAUCUGAGGUGUUAAAAUCUUUAUCACCAUUAUCAAUACAGUUGUCUUCAUCAUCUGUAUCUUCAUCUCCAUUCCUAUCUUCAAUCUUAUCUUCAUCACCAAGUAUUAAUGAAAAUUCAUCAUUAAUGCAAUCAUGCACAAAAUCUACGCCAGAAAAUUAAGAAAUUUCGUCAUUAGUGCAACCAUGCAUAAAAUCUAUGCCAGAAAAUCAAGAAAUUUCGUCACUAAUGCAACCAUGCAUAAAAUCUACGCCAGAAAAUCAAGAAAUUUCGUCACUAGUGCAACCAAGCAUAAAAUCUACGCUAGAAAAUAAAGCAAUUUUGUCAUCAAUGCAACCAUGCAUAAAAUCUAUGCCAGGAAAUAAAAAAAAAAGCAAAAAAUACAAUUAUUCAAGAAGCGGACGAAGUUGAACAAUAGUUUAUGAAUUUAUCAUCUGUUAUGUCUCAACAUUUCUCAAAUAAGCAAAAAAUGGAUGAAGAUGAUGUUUUUGGUAGCACAAUUGCAUAUCAAUUAAAAUAGAAGAACCACGGAAGACACAAUUAUGAAGAUUUUAUAUGAGUUUUAAAGAUAAUUUUUUAUUACAUCUUAUAACAGUUAUGUUAAAAUCACAUUAGGUUUGCUCUCUGUAGCUGAACUGGCUGCACUAGUUCAGAGUUUAUCUUUUUCUUUCUAAUGUGGAGUAAAAAAGAUAAACUCUGAACUAGUGUAGCCAGUUCAGCUACAGAGAACAAACCUAUUGAUUUAUGUCGAGAUGGUUCUUGUUGUACAACUGCAGUAGGGUUUGCAUAAUUGCAUACAAACAUACAGCAAUCUUAGAGCUAUUAAAUAUUUUAAGUCAAAAUGUUAAGUUUGAUUGCAUGGAAAAAAGCAUAUAAAGACUGAUAAUUUUAUUUUUGUUUAGUUGCUACGUAAUUUUGUCUGUGGAUAAUAUUUAGUUUGUUGUUUGUAUGCUUCAUAAGUUGCUGUG